AUGUCCAAUUCAUUACACAAGACCAUAAUCGAGCAAUUUGCUGAGGCCGUCAGUGGUCAUCAAAUAAAUCAACUCGAUAGUUUUCUCGAAGUAGAUGUUCAGAAAACAACCAAUUCGAAAAUAAUCUACAAAAAUAUUCAGGAAGCUCAAGAUUAUUACGGAAAGGAAAAUUCAACUCAGUGGAAGAUUCUGGAGUUUAUACAAGACGAUCCAAAUGGCAAUACGAUGCAGACUCGAAUCAUUCAUGGUGACAAAACAUACAAAACAUCGUACACAUUUAGUUCGGCAGGAAAAAUUCAUCGCAUCGAUACUAUUAUCGAGCAAUAA